AUGGCAGCAGACAUGCAGAUGCAGAUCGCAUUUGUUCCGACGACCACAAGCACUUUCUUGACGUCGUUUGGUAUCCACAAGACGCUUCAACCAACGAGCGUCUUCAAAUGCGAGCAGCCCAGCGUCAACGUCGUGCGAAUGAGCGCCGGAUCGCGCAGCGUGCGACCUGCAGCCAAUGUGGCCCGAUCCUAUGUCACGAGGGACAGGACGGGCAUUCCAGUAGUCAACAUUGACGGGUUUUCGCGCCCUCCCCCGCCAUACUGGCUCUUUGCUCUAAUAGCAGCGGCCAUCGGAUGGCUUUUACGGCGCCUCGUCAUAGCCCGUCAUCUAGCCCGCGUCUACAAACGCGUCGAUCUGAGCCGGGACAUUGCUGAAUUUUACGACGCUCGCUCGGCGGCAUGGGAACGAGUGUGGGGCGAGCACAUGCACCACGGCAUCUAUGACAAAGUGGACGGCAAGACGUUGAAAGGACGGGAGGCUCAAGUCCGCACCAUGUCCGAGCUGCUGCGCUUUGGCGGCCUGCUUAACGAGAAGCUACCGCCGGGAGCAAGGGUACUCGACGUCGGCUGCGGCAUUGGAGGCGCGUCGCGAUAUCUCGCAGAGCAUUUCGGAGAGGGCUGUCGGGUGACGGGGAUCACGUUAAGCCCGUAUCAGGCGAAGCGUGCGACUGAGCUUAAUGAGGAACGCGGGCUGGGAGGGAGGGUGACCAACGAGGUGAGGAACGCGCUGAAGACAGGGUUCCCGGACGAUCACUUUGAUGUGGUUUGGAGCUUGGAGAGCGGCGAGCACAUGGAGAACAAGCAGCAGUUCCUGCAGGAAUGCGCGCGAGUGCUCAAGCCAGGGGGAAAGAUGGUCAUGCUGGCGUGGUGCAUCCGCGAGACGAGCCCUCCACUGCGCAUGGCAGAGCGGUUUUCCAUUCGCAGGAUCAUGGAGGAAUAUUGCCUACCGCGGGUAGCACCGCCAAGCGAGUACGAUACUGAGAUGGUGCGGGCGGGGCUUCGCGCCGUCGAUUUGAAUGACUGGACGAAACGAGCGGCGCCGUUUUGGGGAGAAGUUGUCCGCAGCGCAUUGUUCCGACGCUCCGGGUGGGAGGUAUUGCUCAAGUACAAGUGGCCGCUGAUCCGGUCGGCGCUCGCCAUGCGGCACGUGAUUAGAGGGAUUAAGCAAGGCGUGUUCCGCAUUGUCGCAUUUUCAGCGCACAAGCCAACGGAUAGGGAAGCUCGAGAAGAAAGGGAACGGACGGUGGCAUGCUGUAGCAAAAGUUCUUUACCCCGAACGAGAUAAGCGAAAGAGUAAAUCACAAAAACAAACGUGUGCCUAUCGAUCGACUGCAUACAUCAUCGGCGAGAGGGCGACUCACUCUCGCUCUCAGUCGCUCGCACACACUCUCUAUGUCGA